AGAGAGAGAGAGAAGGGGAUGGCAAAGUUCAACGAGGUACAGAAGAAGAAGAGAGCGCAGAGCCAGGAGAAGAAGAGAAGGGUUCACGGCGACCCUGUCAGUGGAAAGCUCCAUCUCAAGCAGCAACCCGUCUCCAUCUCCGGCAAGCGCAAGCGCAAGCUCGAGAAAAAAUGGCGCAGGGACCAGAAAGAUGCUGUGGAGAAGGGACUGAUUACUAUGGAAGAUGUCGAAAUGGCCGCUGCUGAUCUUGAAGAAUCUCAGGGGACGAACAAAGGUUCAAAGAAGUUCUCCAUGAAGAAGAGUGUUAAGCUUAAGCAAGGAAAGCACAAAGGUAAGAAGAAGGGGAAAUCUUCUAAGCCGGAGAGUGUUGCUCAACCUUCAGUCGAUGUAAUGGUAGAGUAGUUUUGUCUAGUUGGCCAAGAAACACGCCACAUUGUACUCGACCUCAUCUACCAUCUAUCUAUUCCAACUGGAAAUGAAUUUUGGGCAGAAAUUUUGCCAUCUAGGUGCAAUAUAUUUUCUACUGUUUAUC